GGCUGCUACUCAUCAGCAGGAAUAUUGUGGGGAGCUACUGCACAUCACCCCGGCCAUGCACCCUGGGGCCCCCACAGCCCCUGGAGUCCCUGAGCCUGGCCCCCGGGAGCUGUGUGCCUUUGUGAGCGGGGCAGCCACCCACAUGCUGCGUGCCCUGAACCCCCGGAGGACCCGACCCCCGAAAAGGAGGCCCAACCACAGGAGAUUCCUAUACAAUCAGAUUUGCAGGCAGUUUGCCAAGAUCGAGGCUGCCACCCAGCGCCUGGCCCAGUCCAUCCUGUCCCAGGAGGCACCUCCCCAGAGACCACGGCUCCAAAGGCCACCCCUGACACCUCCAUCCCCUUUCCUGGGGGUGGCUUGUGCUGUGGCCCCCACUGAAGUGCCCCAUGCACCUGGCCCCAGCCUGAGCCAGGCUGCCCUGGACACCUCCACCCUCGACCUCUUUGAUGACAUUGCGCUCACCCCAGAGUGUCCCCCAGUGCCAUCGGACCUGUCCCAUUGUGCCUGGAACCAGCCAGACCUAAGGCAGGCCCCAUGUUUCUUUGAUCCCCUGCCCCCUUCCCCACCUGCCCUAGGGGAAGCAGGUGAGCUCUUUGCUCCCGAGGGGGGUUGGAUGGGCAGGUGGGAGAUGACUUGUACCUGCCAUUCUCAGGGGAUCCCUGAUGGCUGGGGGAUCUGCUCCCCAUGACACACAAUCACAACCCAGCCAAGGCCCCGGGAAAAACCAGAGGUACCCCCCAGGAACCCCAGUUCCAUCCCCUCCCCUCCCAUCCACUCCAGUCCCAUCCCUUCCCCCUGGGAAAAUGAACCAUGCCCAGACUCCCACUUGGGACCACCACUUCACGGGUCUUCUCCCAGGUUCAGGGCCCCCACCUCUACCUCUUGGGGGGGCCUCGCUUCCCCCCUCCCUUUUUUUCCCUUCUUUCUCUCCAACCCCAGCUCCCUCUCACCCUGGCUCCUCUCUGCCUAAUGUCUGGUCUUGUCUCAUUUACUUCCAAAGAUGUGUUGUGCACCUACUAUAUGCCAGGCCCAGGUCCAGGUGCUGAACAUUCAGCCCUGAAUAAAACAGACACGAUGCCUGCCCGCUCCGAGUUCACAAAGUGGGUGGGGCCCGCGCGGGCUGGGAGCCGGGAGCCGUCGGGAUUGUAUUCCGGGCCUGCUGGGGCAUCUCUGUCUCUCGCUCUUAACUCUGUUUCAAGCACGGAGUCUCUAUAUUGCAAACACCGCCCUAGGAGGCAGGUGCAGAGAACAAACGAGCUUCGCCGCGCCUUUAAACCCUUUCCUUGGAAAGUGCUUGGGUCCCUUUGAGUUUCCGUCUCUGGACCGAGGGGCCUAGGUGCGAAUUCAGAACUGCCCUUCCCUGCACGUUCUCCUUCACGCACGGCCCUGCGGUCGGAUUCUUACUGGGGCUCCGCGGCGCC